AUGCGGCCCUGGGCCCCCCUCCUCCUGGUGGCGCGGGGCGCGCUCGUCGGCGGCGACUUCGUCUUCGUGGACUUCAACGAGACUCAGGGCCUGCGCCUCAACGGCGACGCCGAGACGAGCGCCUGCGCGGCCGAGGCCGGCCGCGCGCACGGCCCCGACGAGCGCGGCGCCGCGCCCGGCGCGCUGCCCGCCGUCCAGGCGACGACGUCGGAGACGAAGCGCGUCGAGACGGCCGACACGCUGCGCGGCCGGGCCGACGACGCGCCGCGCGCGGGCCUCCUCCACCGCGACGCCUACGCGUACGCGCCCGCGCCCGCGCGGUGCGCGGGCCGGCUGCGGCUGACGCCGCCGCGGCCCCACGCCCGCGGGUCCGCCUGGCACCACCUGCGCCGGCCCGUCGCGCGCGGCUUCGAGGCCACCUUCACGUUCCAGCUGGCCGCGCCGACGCGGCGGUGCGCGGUGCACCGCGACCUCGACUUCAGCCUCGCGCUCUACGAGCGGUGCGCCGUGCGGGGCGGCGACGGCCUCGCCUUCGUCGUGGCCGACGACCCGAACGGGACGGCCGCGCUGGGCGCGGCGGGCGGCGGCCUCGGCUACGCCGGGCUGCGGCGCGCGCUCGUCGUCGAGCUCGACGCCGACUACAGCCCGCCCGCGGACGGGUUCGCCGCCGACCACGUGGAGCUGCGCUCGGCCGGCGCCGGCGCCGUCGACGCCGCGGCCCCGGCCCACCGCCUCGCGCCGCCCGCGGCGUGGGACCUCGCCGACGGCCGCGAGCACCUCGUCCGCGUCGCGUACGCGCCGUCCGUGCCGGCCCGGUACGCCGGGAACCUCUCGGCCUACCCGGCCGCCGCCCGGUACGCCGUCGACGGCGGCGAGGCGCGUCGGCUCGGGCUCGUGACCGUGUUCCUCGACGACGGCGUGGCCGCCGACCGCCCGGCGCUGGCCGUGCCGCUCAACCUGCCGGAGGCGCUGGGCCUGCCGGGCGACGGCACGGCCCACGUCGGCCUGACGGCCGCGACGGGCGAGCGGUGGCAGGCGCACGACGUCACGAGCUGGGCGGUCUGCGACCGGCCCGGGCGCGACGCCGUGCCAUAACCUCCGCGCCGUCGACGCGGCGCCCGCUCGAUGGCGUGGCGGCGUGGGUCGUGCGCCCGACUCACCGGUCGAUUUCCACGCAGGUGCGACGCCUCGCCCGCGAGGGAGCGGUUCGACCACCACCUCGCGACCCGGGGCGGCGGCGCGGCGGCC